CCUUUCUUUCUCUUCCUUCGGGAAAUAUCCCAUCGUCCGGUCCCACCAGUCAUCCUUUUUUGCCUCCAUCUCCUCCGGCGAUGGCCGCCGGUCUCCUGCUCGGCAACGCCGCCGCGGCCCCGCAUCGCCGUCUGCCCGCCGCGACUGCACCUCUGCGGCCGUGGCCGCGCGCGGCCAGGUUCGCCGCUUCAGCCUCCGACGGCGGCGGGGGCGGGUGGGAGGAGCCGUCGGAGGGAGAGGUAGGCGGAUACGGCGCGGAGAGGACCGCCGAGGAGCUGCAGAGACACGCCUCCGUCGCCGACGAGUCCUAGGACCGAGAAGCACGAGCUCCAGGAGAACCAAAUUAGGACGGAGAGAGGGGGUGCCUACAUUGCUCCCCAAUUGCCUACUUGCAGAAGGUGGAGAAGGAGACUGAUCAUAGUUAGGGGCAAGCCAAAUAAAGGAGGGCGACGGCGGAGCAGAUGUUCGAUUUGGGAAAGCGAUAUGUGUCACAUUAGUAGGACUGGGCGAAACUCGCUGGUCACUCCAAAGUCCAAACCGCAUCAAUACAUUGAGAGGGAAAGGCUUGAGAUAUGUACCUAACUUCUGCAUUUCCACAGUUUGGUCCACAGCCAUGGGAGGAGACCAGACUAGGAGAGAAGACAAGUCUUGAUCUGGUCAGUCCAUACUGCAAUGAGUACAGGUGAGGAGACUAAACUUGUCUCCUAGACUUGAGAUAAGGACAUGAAGGGAGACCGGACUAGGAGAGAAGACAAGUCUUGAUCUGCAAUACGAUGGGAGGUCAUGCGAUGCUUCAGAUGAGUACCUAGCUUCUGUAUUCCCCAGCUAGCUUAAUUUAGCUUGACAGUUUGGUCCACAGACAUUCCCAUGGGAGCUCAUGCAAUGCUUGGAUUGCUCACAACGCUUGCCCUUUGGUGCCUUGUGAUCACCAACAUUACCAGGGGCACAGCUGCAUGCAUCGCCAUUGAGAGGGGUGCACUGGCUGCAUUCAACGUCAGCAUCACUGAUCCUGGUGGGAGGUUACGCUCAUGGCAAGGAGAAAACUGCUGCAGCUGGGGCGGUGUGAGCUGCAGCAAGAAGACCGGCCAUGUCGUCAAGCUGGACCUUGGUGGUUACUCCCUCAAAGGUGAGAUCAGUCGAUCCUUGGCCGGUUUGACCAGAUUGGUCCACCUCAACUUGAGCCAUGGGGAUUUUGGUGCCGUGCCCAUCCCAGAAUUCAUAGGCUCUUUCAGGAUGUUGAGGUCUCUUGAUCUGUCACACGCCGGUUUUGGCGGAACGGCUCCUCCUCAACUUGGUAAUUUGUCAAGACUCAUCUAUCUUGAUCUGGGUUCAUUUGGAGGUCCUGGGAUCAUUGUGGAUAAUUUUCAUUGGGUUUCCAAGCUGAAUUCCCUGAGGUAUCUGGACCUCAGUUGGUCCUAUCUUGCUGCUUCCGUGGAUUGGCUGCAAGCAGUGAACAUGCUCCCGUCACUCCAAGUGCUUCGCCUGAAUGAUGCUAGUCUUCCUGCCACCGACCUCACUUCUCUUUCUUCGGUCAACUUCACUUCCCUUAAGAUACUUAAUCUGACAAGUAACGAUCUGAAUUCCUCCAUGCCGAAUUGGAUUGGCAAGCUAUCCGCCCUCUCAAAGUUGGACAUGACUAGCUGUGGGCUUUCAGGCAUGAUUCCUAUUGAGCUUGGCAGACUGACUUCACUUCAGUUCUUAGGGUUAGGGGACAACAAGUUGACUGGAGCAAUACCAACAUCAGCUAGUAGGUUGUGCAACUUGGUUCAAAUCAAAUUGUCCGGAAACAUCUUGUCAGGAGAUAUUGCAAAAGCGGCCAAGAGCCUAUUUCCCUGUAUGAAGCGCUUGCAGGUCCUUGAACUUUCUGAUAACAAGUUAACCGGACACCUAUAUGGUUGGCUUGAGGUCAUGUCAGGUUUAAGAAUCCUUGAUCUCAGUGCGAACUCACUGUCUGGAGUUGUGCCACAUGGUAUUGGUAACCUAUCAAGCUUGACAUACUUGGACAUUUCCUUUAAUAGAUUUAAAGGCACACUAUCGGAACUCCACCUUGCCAAUUUAUCAAGAUUGGAUACUUUAAAUCUAGCAUCAAAUUCGUUCGAGAUUGUCAUCAAACAAAGCUGGUUGCCACCUUUUCAGCUCAUAAAUCUUGGACUGCAUGAUUGCCUUAUAGGACCAGAGUUUCCUUCUUGGUUGCAAUCACAAACUAAAAUCGAGAUGAUUGAUCUUGGCAGUGCAGGCAUCAGGGCUCCGUUACCUGACUGGGUCUGGAACUUCUCUUUGUCAAUGACUAGCUUAAAUGUCGCAACAAACAACAUAACUGGCAAGUUGCCUGCAAGCCUGGAGCAAUUGACAAUGCUGACAACUCUAAGCAUGAGGAAUAAUAAGCUUCAGGGGAACAUUCCAGAUUUGCCGCUUAGCAUCCGAGUGUUGGAUCUAUCCAACAACAACUUAUCGGGAUCAUUGCCACAGAGCUUUGUUGUUAAAGAAUUGCAUUACCUAUCUCUAUCAAAAAAUUCCAUUACUAGAGUAAUCCCAACAGAUUUAUGCAACAUGAUAUCCCUGGAACUGAUUGACCUAUCUGAUAACAACCUUUUUGGAGAGCUUCCCGAUUGUUGGCGUAAGAACUCGGAACUGUAUGUCAUAGACUUUUCAAGCAAUAACUUGUGGGGAGAAAUACCAUCUACGAUGGGUUCUCUAAAUUCCCUUAUGUCACUGCAUCUUAGCAACAACAGCUUGUCUGGAAUAUUGCCCACUUCAUUGCAGUCAUGUCAAAUGUUGGUGUUCCUUGAUCUUGUAGGAAAUAAUUUGUCAGGAAACAUACCAAGAUGGAUAGGCAGUCUAAAAUCUCUGAUAUUUCUUAGUUUAGGGUUCAACCAGUUUUCUGGUGAAAUACCUGAAGAAUUGUCCCAACUUCCUGUUCUGCAGUUAUUGGAUCUUUCUAACAACAAACUCUCUGGCCCUGUACCACAUUUCCUAGGAAAUUUAACAUCCUUACACCUGGUCCCUCAAUACCAAGACUUGACAAGGCCUUUCCUUCAGUACAAGAUUUAUGGUGUUGGGGGUGCUUACUUUUCUGUGUAUACAGAUGCCGUGGUGGUAACGUGGAAAGGUCAGAUGCUUAUUUUUCAGAUAACAUUAUUUCUGGUGGCGGGAGUUGACCUGUCAGCAAACCAGCUAACUGGUGAGAUUCCAAGUGGAAUAGGAUUUCUAUCUCAUAUACGUUUUUUGAAUCUGUCAAGGAACCACAUUGGAGGAAGUAUCCCUGGUGAACUUGGGAAUUUGGUGGAUUUAGAGUCACUCGAUCUCUCAUGGAAUGAUCUAUCAGGUCCAAUUCCUCACAGCUUGGCGUCACUAGACAGUUUGUCCACCCUGAAUUUGUCCUACAAUGAUCUCUCAGGAAAGAUACCGUCGAGUAAUCAGUUCGCAACUUUUGGUAAUUACUCUUUCUGGGGAAAUGAAAAUCUCUGCGGGCCUCCACUUUCCAGAGUCUGUGUACCCGAGAGUAACAGAUACCGGCACCUUAAACUUCAACUCAGAUUUGACACGCUGACAUGUCUAUUUACUCUGCUCGGGUUUGCAUUCGGAAUCUCCACUGUAUUCACCACCUGCAUAUGCAGCGCGGUCGCGAGGAAGGCUUAUUUUCAGUUCACCGACAGGGUACUCAGCAAGCUGUGCACUGCUAUUAAGAUGAAGGUUAGCAUCAACAGGAUGAUGCCAGCAGGAAGAGACCCCUCCUUGGCGAUCCGGAGUCAGGACUCUGUCACCUGCUACGAGCUGGAACAACCUUCCACUGCUAGUAUGUAAAGCGCCUUGUAAUAUGAAUGGAUUAUUUGAAGUAGCCAUAUGUUAUUUCCUCGGAAUAAUUAGCUGAAUUCUCUUGCCCUGCUUGAUAUUACCAGAUAAUCCACUUGUGCCUCUUUUUAUAAUUUAUAUGCAUGAAGCAUGCAUACUUUUUCAUGUGGGUGACUAUGUUUAUUAGCACUCUGUGCAUUUUU